UCAUAGAGGCUUGCAGGAAAGUCUUCAAACAAGAAUACCAGAAAAAGAAAACCAAGCAACAGAAGUGUCACUGAAUCUGAGCGCAUCCCGGAAACAUGGAGUACACAUUCAGAGCAGUAACUCACAGGCCCGGGAUUAUAAUCUGGAGAAUUGAGAAAAUGGAGCUGGUUCAACUCCCUGAGAAAUCUCAUGGAAACUUUUAUGAGGGUGACUGCUACGUUCUCCUGUCUACGAAGAAGGUGAGCAGCUCUCUGUCUUAUGAUAUCCACUACUGGAUCGGCUCACACUCCACCCAGGACGAACAGGGUGCAGCUGCUGUUUACACCAUCCAGCUCGACGAAUUUUUGGGUUCCACUCCCGUCCAGCACCGCGAGGUUCAGAACCAUGAGUCUGAUACCUUUAAGGGCUACUUCAAACAAGGAAUAAUCUUUAAGAAAGGUGGCGUUGCAUCAGGCAUGAGGCACAUGGAAACCAACACCUAUGAUGUUAAGAGGCUGCUUCAUGUCAAAGGGAAGAAAAGAGUGACUGCAAAGGAGGUGGAGAUGAGCUGGAAGAGCUUCAACCUCGGAGAUGUGUUUUUGUUAGAUAUUGGCAAGACCAUCGUUCAGUGGAACGGACCCAAGAGUAACAAACAGGAGAAGCUUAAAGGCAUGUUGUUGGCCAAAGACAUCCGGGACAGAGAGAGAGGAGGUCGUGCAGAGAUCCGGGUGGUGGAGGGUGAAGCAGAGAGAGACUCACCUCAGAACAUGGAGAUGCUGAAUGGCGUUCUUGGAGAACGAACCUCCGAGCUGACGGAGGGACCUCCAGAUGAAACGACUGACCAGGAGCAGAAGUCAAAACUCACACUUUACCACGUGUCAGAUGCUGAUGGUCAGAUGAAGGUCACAGAGGUCGCUACCAGGCCACUGAUCCAGGAUCUCCUCAACCAUGAUGACUGCUACUUCCUGGAUCAGGGGGGAACGAAACUCUUUGUGUGGAAGGGGAAGAAAGCAAACAAAGCUGAGAGACAGGCUGCUAUGAGCAGAGCUUUGGAGUUCAUCAAAGCAAAAAACUACCCGAUCACCACAAAUGUGGAGACGGUGAAUGACGGGGCGGAGUCAGCUCUCUUCAAGCAGCUGUUCCAGAGGUGGACUGUGAAGGACCAGACUCAAGGUCUGGGCAAAGUGCAUACAAGAGGGAAAGUAGCUCACAUCACACAGGAAAAAUUUGAUGCCUCUCUGAUGCACGUGAUGCCGGAGGUCGCUGCACAGGAGCGAAUGGUGGACAACGGCAGAGGUCAAGUGGAGGUGUGGAGAAUCGAGAAUCUGGAGCUCGUCCCUGUGGACCCUGAAUGCUACGGAUACUUCUACGGGGGAGACUGCUACCUGAUCCUCUACACGUACCUGGUUAACAGCAAGAAGUGUUACCUGCUCUACAUAUGGCAGGGGCGUCAUGCCACACAGGAUGAAGUGGCAGCCUCAGCAUUUCAGGCUGUGGACUUGGAUCAGAGGCAUGGUGGCGAGCCAGUCCAAGUGAGAAUAACAAUGGGCAAAGAACCAAGACACUUUAUGGCGAUUUUCAAGGGUAAAAUGGUCAUUUUUGAGGGGGGCACAUCUAGAAAAGGGUCUUCUGACCCAGAACCGCCGAUAAGGUUGUUUCAGGUCCACGGUUCUGAACCAUCCAACACAAAAGCCUUUGAGGUUCCAGCCCUGGCCACCUCCCUGAACUCCAAUGAUGUGUUUUUACUAAAGGGCCAAUCAGGAAUUUAUCUGUGGUGUGGAAAGGGGUCAAGUGGCGAUGAGAGAGCCAUGGCAAAGGAGGUCAGCUCUGUGAUUGGCCAGAAGUCACAGAGAGGCUGUGAGGAGAUUGUGGCGGAGGGUCAGGAGCCCAUUGAAUUCUGGGAGUUGCUUGGAGGGAGGGCUCCCUAUGCGAGUGACAAGAGAUUACAGCAGACGGUUCCAGACCACCAGCCGCGCCUGUUCGAAUGCUCCAAUAAGACAGGCCGUUUCAUCGUGGCCGAGGUGACCCUGUUCACGCAGGACGACCUCAGUGAGGAUGAUGUCAUGCUGCUGGACACAUGGGACCAGGUGUUUCUCUGGAUCGGCAAAGAGGCAAAUGAAGUGGAGCGCAAGGAAGCAGUGGUUACGAGCCGGGAGUACCUGCGCACCCACCCGGGCACCAGAGACCCAGACACCCCCGUCAUCUUGAUCAAGCAAGGCUUUGAGCCGCCCACCUUCACUGGGUGGUUCACAGCCUGGGACCCCUCCAAAUGGAGUGGAGGAAAGAGCUACGAGGAGUUGAAGAUGGAGCUGGGAGAUGUAGUGUCACCUGUUAACGUCACGACUGAGCACAACUGUGUUGAAAGUUAUUAUCAGCCUUUUUCACCCGACGAUCUGGUCAACAAGCUCACCAGCGAGCUGCCUGAAGGUGUUGACCCAACCGAGAAGGAGAAACACCUGUCUGACUCGGACUUCAGCGUCGUAUUUGGGAUGACCAAAGACGACUUUGCGAGCCUGCCACGGUGGAGACAGCUGAACAUGAAGAAAGAAAAGGGAAUGUUCUGAUCAAACCUUUUCUGCACUUCAAACAGGCUUUUACUGUUCAAAGACAGCAGGAAGGGUCUCUGUGUGUCCCCCAUACUUUAGCUCAGUGUCCUUGUUAAUGUAUUUGAGGGCAGGUCUCAUUUUUGAUCAUGUGAUUGUACAUCUGGUUUUAUUUUGUUUCACACAUUUGUUUCAAAUCACUGGAAUACAAGUUGUGAAUACGUUAUUAUUUUUUAACCUGUGCUUAUUUUGUACAAUUGACACCAUAAGAUUAAGAGCUCUUGUACUGAUAGAGGAAAGAGUAAACUGUAU